AUGGCAGAUUCUACAACAGAUGAGCAAUCAGGAAAUGCAGAUACACUGUCUAAAGGUAUUGCGUUCUACGAGGGCAAUGAGGAUUGCGCGAGGCAGAUCGUGGGCCUCUCAAAGUUACAUCAAAUUGCUACUGACAUGACUUGGGAAUUGGGUGGCAUCUCAGUUAAUAUAUCUAUAUCUAAGGCUCCGUAUGAUUUUAAGGAGGCAGAGUUAAGGGAGUGCUGUAAAUUCUUAGAAGUAGCUAGAGGUGUAACGGCGGCCACUAAAGAGUACGUAUAUUUAGCACGUCUGUUGGAUUUAUACCGGACCAACAUCGCGGAAAUUCGAGAGUUGCGGCGGUCUCCGAUAUUCGAGGCUGCAGCCAGCAAAGCUUUAAAUGAUGUGGCGCAGGAUUUUGAAAGCAAAGAACAGUUCGCACGCAACGUUCUAGAAUUCGACGUUUUAUCAGAUUAUGUGAUAAAGAUACGAGAAGUGGAAGAGUUCAUUCGAAGACACACGGGUCGAAAAAUUUAUCCGUAUCGCUACACAGUGAAAACGCCAGCGGUGUCAAGUGAUGCAUGCUUCGUCGCAUCAAAAGUUGGGAUUGGUUCGGACCCUCCGAAGUCACAUAACACCGGCGUGAGUACCGACUGCGCGUAUGAAUGGCUCCAAACAACUUCCUCCGGAACGGCACCGGAUGUGAAUGCACUAUCGCCAAGUGUAACCGAAGUCACGGACACCAGACCCAACGCUGCAACAACCGAGGCUGAGGAGCUUACACCGUCGCAGGCAUCCAAUGCGAUUGAACUGACUCCAAAGUCACAACAUAGAGAACCGGAGGAGCCAACAACAUCGCCAGGAAAGCCCGAAGUAAAAGAUACCGUAUCAUCACUUUCACCAGCUACUGCUUUUGGCGAGCCAACCAUCCUGCCAGAACCAUCUACUGCUUUUGACGAGACAACCAUUCCGCCAGAACCAGCUACUGCGUAUGAGACUGCCAUCCCAUCAGAUGCAACUGCUUUCUACGAGACAACCAUUCCGCCAGAACCAGCUACCGCGGAUGAGACUACCAUCCUGCCAGAACCAUCUACUGCUUUUGAUGAGACUACAAUUCCACCAGAACCAGCUACUGCUUUUGAUGAGACUGCUCUCCCACCAGUGGCAACAGGGCAGCAGGUAACGGCUGGAGGCAAUGAGGAGAUUCAAUCAAAAAUUGGGGGCAUGGGGAGAUACCUCUCAAGAGAAGCGGUCCGGCAAUCAGGUCGUAUGCACUUGUCGUCGGAUGUAAUGAUGCGCAUCGGUGUUACUCAAACCAUUGUUGCACUUGUUAUAUUAGCAGCUGUGGUUUAA